GGGCCGGCCGGGCAGCAGGUUUCUCGUCACUCGGGCAGGGUCCGGACCCCGCUGGCCGCCGGCACCGGCAGCCGCCGCCGCCCCCGGGACCGCCGGUUUCCGGAGCCGGCCAGGAUGGCGCAGUGGAACCAGCUGCAGCAGCUUGACACUCGGUACUUGGAGCAGCUCCACCAGCUCUACAGUGACAGCUUUCCUAUGGAGCUCCGACAGUUCUUGGCUCCCUGGAUUGAGAGCCAGGACUGGGCGUAUGCUGCCAGCAAGGAGUCGCAUGCCACGCUGGUGUUCCACAACUUGCUGGGAGAGAUCGACCAGCAGUACAGCCGCUUCCUGCAGGAGUCCAAUGUACUGUACCAGCACAACCUGCGACGGAUCAAGCAGUUUCUGCAGAGCAGAUACCUAGAGAAGCCAAUGGAAAUAGCCCGUAUCGUGGCUCGCUGCUUGUGGGAAGAGUCCCGGCUCCUUCAGACAGCUGCAACUGCAGCCCAACAAGGGGGACAGGCAACACAUCCAACAGCAGCUGUAGUGACGGAAAAGCAGCAAAUGCUGGAGCAGCAUCUGCAGGAUGUGAGGAAGAGGGUACAGGACCUGGAGCAAAAGAUGAAAGUGGUGGAGAAUCUCCAAGAUGAUUUUGAUUUCAACUACAAGACUUUGAAAAGCCAAGGAGACAUGCAGGAUCUGAAUGGAAACAAUCAGUCAGUGACCCGACAGAAAAUGCAGCAGUUGGAGCAGAUGCUCACGGCACUGGACCAAAUGCGAAGGGGUAUUGUGAGUGAGCUGGCUGGGCUGUUGUCAGCCAUGGAAUACGUGCAGAAGAUGCUUGCAGAUGAGGAGCUGGCAGACUGGAAAAGACGGCAGCAAAUUGCCUGCAUUGGCGGCCCACCCAAUAUCUGCCUUGACCGACUGGAGAACUGGAUAACCUCUCUGGCGGAAUCACAGCUACAGACCCGGCAGCAGAUCAAAAAGCUGGAGGAGCUCCAGCAGAAAGUAUCCUACAAGGGUGAUCCCAUUGUCCAACACCGGCCCAUGCUGGAGGAACGGAUUGUAGAGCUGUUCAGGAAUCUGAUGAAAAGUGCUUUUGUCGUGGAGAGGCAGCCCUGCAUGCCAAUGCACCCUGACCGGCCCUUGGUCAUCAAAACCGGCGUGCAGUUCACCACCAAAGUCAGGUUAUUGGUCAAGUUUCCAGAGCUGAACUAUCAGCUGAAAAUUAAAGUCUGCAUUGACAAAGACUCUGGUGAUGUUGCUGCCCUUAGGGGGUCCCGGAAGUUUAACAUUCUGGGGACAAAUACCAAGGUGAUGAACAUGGAAGAGUCGAACAACGGCAGCCUCUCAGCAGAGUUCAAGCACCUGACGCUGCGGGAGCAGCGAUGUGGCAAUGGAGGAAGAGCCAACUGCGAUGCCUCACUGAUAGUCACUGAGGAGCUGCACCUCAUCACCUUUGAGACAGAGGUUUAUCACCAGGGGCUGAAGAUUGACCUGGAGACCCACUCACUGCCGGUUGUGGUCAUCUCGAACAUCUGCCAGAUGCCCAAUGCCUGGGCAUCCAUCCUGUGGUACAACAUGCUGACCAACAACCCUAAGAACGUGAACUUUUUCACCAAGCCCCCCAUUGGGACAUGGGACCAGGUGGCAGAGGUGCUGAGCUGGCAGUUCUCCUCCACCACCAAGCGUGGUCUCAGCAUCGAGCAGCUGACAACACUGGCAGAAAAACUUCUAGGGCCAGGGGUGAAUUACUCCGGCUGUCAAAUCACCUGGGCCAAGUUCUGCAAGGAGAACAUGGCUGGUAAAGGCUUCUCUUUCUGGGUCUGGCUGGACAACAUUAUUGACCUGGUGAAGAAAUACAUCCUGGCGCUGUGGAAUGAAGGGUACAUCAUGGGGUUCAUCAGCAAGGAGCGGGAGCGGGCCAUCCUGAGCACCAAGCCACCGGGAACCUUCCUGCUACGGUUCAGUGAGAGCAGCAAGGAAGGUGGUAUCACCUUCACCUGGGUGGAGAAGGAUAUCGGUGGGAAGACCCAGAUCCAGUCUGUGGAGCCUUACACCAAGCAGCAGCUAAACAGCAUGUCAUUUGCGGAGAUCAUCAUGGGCUACAAAAUCAUGGAUGCUACCAACAUCCUGGUGUCCCCCCUCGUGUAUCUGUAUCCGGAUAUCCCAAAGGAGGAGGCAUUUGGGAAGUACUGUCGCCCUGAGAGCCAGGAACAUUCUGAAGCUACAGACUCAGGUAGUGCUGCUCCAUACCUGAAGACCAAGUUCAUCUGUGUCACCCCCACCUCCUUCAGCAACACCAUUGACCUGCCAAUGUCUCCACGUACCCUGGACUCGCUCAUGCAGUUUGGCAAUAACAGCGAGGGAGCAGAGGCCAAUGCAGGAGGCCAGUUUGAAUCGCUGACCUUCGACAUGGAGGUGACCCCAGAGUGUGCUUCUUCACCAAUGUGAUGUGCUCUACUGGUGCUCUUGGGGCCCUCCCAGGACUUGGGCUUCCUGGCUCCAAAUAGUUCCCCCAGUCUCGCCCUGUGAGGUCAUGUUUGCUCUGGGCCUUUCCUUGGGAGGAGCUGGGGCUGUGGUCCUUGCCACCAAUUUUCUUGUUUGACCCAAGUGAACAACCACCUCUCCAUGGUGGUGCCAUUUGUCUCUUUGGGGGGAGGGGGGGGCUACAUCUUUUUCUAUUUCCUUCGGUAACAUACUUUUUUAUUAUUGUUUUGCUCAUUCAAGUGCCUAUCAGCCUCCAAUUGCAGCCUCCGUUUUUACAAAUGCUUCUGCAGCCCAUUGUGCUGCCUGCUCUUGAAAGCUGCUUUCCUGACUGCCAGUGUCUAAAAGCCCAUUAAGAUCUUUUGAAUCUGGAUUUGCCUCCUGGUAGCUUAGAGGGGAUUGGCCAGUCCCAGUGCAGUGCAUUGCAUAACCCAUGUUGAGACAGCGGAGGGUCUGGCUUGCAGGCUCUCCACCAGCCCUCUGAGAGCAGCAGGGUGAUCUUGUCUCUGCACCUUCUGCUGACCCUGGUUUUGGCCAAGUGGACCAGCAAGCAGCUCGGAGGUGGAUGGGCCCUGAUGUUCCUGGCUUGUGAAGGUAAUGGUUCUGCUGGACUAUGCCUGGGCUCAGCUGCCAGCAGGGAGUUUUGGUAACUGCUUGCACUUGCCACUAGCUUCCUGCUGCAGGCAGAGAGAUCCAGCUGGAUCCAGCAGCUCCAGGGCUCCUGCUGGGACAGCUGGUUUCCCUGCAGUGCAAGGAGUGCCCUGCAGAAGGGCAGUGAAGUGUCCCAACACCAUACGUGCUUGUGAGCAUGCAGCAUUUGCAUCUCGGAUCUGUUCUUGGUCUUUUGGGGACCUAGGGAUAACCAGGCUGGCCAUCCUGACUGGCUGGCCCCUUGAUCAGGCUAGUGACAGGGGUAAGAUUGCACUUUUCUCUCUGUCUAUGCAGAUUUAGACCUAACAGGCCCUGAGGAGGAGUGGGAUGCUGCUAGGUUCAGCCUGACCUGCAGUGGGUGGCCGGGCUUGGCCCUCUUCCCUUUGGUACGGCUUGUGAUGUCUUGGUGGAUUUGCAGCUUCUCAGGGGCAACGCAUGGCAUUUUUGUUGGAAGUUGGCUGUCAGCAUUAAGCUAGGAGGUGGUGAGGAUUGAAGAGGGCAGAGUAUAUGUAGAAGGAGGAAUCUGCUGUCAGCCAACACUAGACACAGAUCUUCUGGGUGUUGUAGGUUUCCUUACUCUGAAGGUUGAGGAAAGUUUGGAAGCUGUCCGUAGUGAAAGUUGUGGUUCUGUAUUUCUCCAAAUGGGGAGGGCCCUUUCCAUGCACUGGGCUUUGGUUCCCAUCCCUGAUCUGAACUGGACACUGAUGAGCAAGAAAGGGGAGGGAGAGGCGGAGUGGGAGCUGCCUGCCUCCCACAGCAGCGCCUGGAAGCCCCUUGCAUUACCAGGGGCUUGGCCACCCAGGGUGGGGAGCAGUGGGGUGGCAUGGGAGGGUUGCACACUGUGCUCUGCUUGUCCCUGUGCCUCAGGGCAGGGCUGCGAGAACCACAGGUGCUGAGGCUGUGUCCAGGCUGGUUCACUGGGCACUGCAGUGGGUCACGUCAGCAGAGCAAUAGUUUAUUAGGAAACAGCCCAGGGUUUUACAGGCCUCUGACAUGUCUUAAUUUGGCUCUGGGUGGAGAGAAGUGCUAAAUCAUCUGUACCAGUGACAGUGCUGUGGGCUGCCGCGGAGCAGGUCGGCCUCCUAUCGCGUGCGGCUCCCGAGCGCAGGGUGUUACUGGCUUUACCGUGCAGUAAAGAGCCGCGGGGUGAGCUCACGGCCCUGCGGCAGCAGCCGGGCUGGUGCAGCCGUGCAGGGGCGAGCGGGCAGCGCGGUGGGUGGGCUCCGUCCAGCGAGCUGUGCCUGGCCCUGGGCGGGGGGAGCGAGGCCAGCCCCCCUCGCUGUGAGUGGGCAGGGGAGGGGGCCGAGCCGCCCACGGAGGCAGGAGAGUCCUUUGAACGUGGUAGGUGCUCGGAUGAGUCAAGGGCUGUACUCGCUGCCUGCCUCUGUGCUCUGCAUGUAGCUGCCUCCAGCGGCAGUCGACAUAGUCCUGGGCAACAUUCAAUACUGUAAAAAAAUUUAUUUUUUGUAUAUUUUAUUGCUGUAUCUACAGGCUUUAACUUUCUCCAGAAUAAAGGUUCUAAAGUGA